ACGGGUUGUGUCUGCGCCGCGGUAGCCAUGCGCCGCCGUGCGCCAUGGGAUGGCAGUUCGGAAUGGAACCUUGAUUCCGAAAGGGCCGAGUCUCGUCUAGGUGCUAUGAUAUUCUGAGUGCCGGCACUAGUUGCUGACUCUGGUGAUGGCACUUUUUCUGGAAGGCCCGGGAAGGCCGGAGCGGACUCCGCGACGCCGUCUGGGCUGGGUCAUAUUGCUGGUUUGGGCAAGAAAGGGGCGAGAUGCGUCUAAUGGACAGACUGUGUUAAUCGGUACGCGGGAGCGAGUGGGUUUUAGUCAGGGCAGCGGGUUACACGAAGGCUGCCGAAUAGUUAACGUAACCCGAGGUUGGGUAUUAUCCUGUAUUGCACCAAGGGUGGUUACCGGAUGGUCGCGGAGAGGAUGUUGGGGAAAUAUGUCACCCCAGACCGGGACGGCGAGAAGCCUUGUGUGAGGAAGAAAAGAUAAACUCCCAAGUACCGAUACCCUAUU